UGAUGAAGAAAACUUAGAAAUAAUAAGAGAAAUUUAAUACUCAUCUUAAAUUCUAAGAAUCAGAAUAUGAUGACAUAUUUUAAGAAUAAAAAACAGAACCAUAAACUUUGCCAUUUAUAGAAAAGUAAUAAUAGAGAAGAUCUAAGAUUCGUAUAGUCUUUACUAACAAACCAAUCUAGCAAUAAAUUCCUAUUACUUAAGAGCCUAAUUCUGUUGCAAAACGAUCCUGGCAUAAAGAGCUUGAUAAUUUAAUAAAUCCAUCAGAAAUAAAGAAUGGUAAAUUCUCUGAUGAAGAAAAAGAAUAAAUUAUGAAAAUUGUGCAUAAUUACUAAUCUUAAAAUAAUUUAAGUGAUCAAUAAUUAAAGGAUUAUAUUGAAUUGAAAAGUUUAGGCCAUUCCAAGAUUUGGUUAGAAAUUACAAAAUAUAUUCCAACCAGAACAGUUGAUUCAGUAUAUAAACUAAUUCGACGUAAGUUGGAUAGCAAAAAUAGGUAAGGAUAUUGGAAUAAAGAAGAAGAGGCUGAAUUAAUUAAAUAUGUCUAAUAGUAUGGAAGACAAUGGAGAGAAAUUAGUAAACAUAUUAAUAGAACACCUGAUAAUAUUAGAAACAAAUAUAAUUAAAUUGGAGAGUAAAACCAUUUGUUUAGAAAUAAAUCUUUUUGGACAAUCUAAGAAUUUCUUAUUCUUAUCAACAAUAUUCAUUCUUUAAGUGGUUAUCCUCUCUUACUUCCUAAUUAUGAUUAAACUCUCAAAAAGAAGUUUGGAAAUGACUUUGAAUAAGUUAGAUUUAGACUUAAUUAUAGAAAAAUGAAAUCAGAAGAUAAAGAGAUUUUUAAUUAACUAAAAUCUAUUGUUCAAAUACCUCCAAAUAUUGGGGUUACUAUUAAAUGGACAGAAAUAGCAUCUGAAAUCAAAACUAAAACAAAAGAUGAUUUAAGACAAAUGUGGUAUAAAUUAAAUAGGAACUCGUAAUGA